AUGCCUACUGUAUGCUCGAAAGAGGCUGUCAUGGAGCGCGGCUUGGGUAAUCAGGCCAUACUGGCCAAGAUCGACAAGCUCCGGGAGCUGAAUGUUGGGUCCAUGAUCCCUCUGCCUCAGGUAUUUCUGGAAAGCCUGACUGGCUUCUCUUUCCCGCGUGCCACGGGCCUGUGCACCCGCUACGCGACGCAGAUCACCUGCUGCCGUGAUCCUCUCCCGAGCGUGGCCAUCUCCAUCAUUCCGCGUCCGGACGCGGAUGACAAGCUCAAGGCCAAACUGCUGGCCUUUCAGCGUCAGCUCACGAAGAUUGACAAUGAUGAUGCUGAUGCUGUUCAGGCGAAUGCGGCAAUGGGCAUCCGCAUGGGCUCGGGAGUUUCCACUUCUACGGCUGGCGCAUUCAGCGAAGACAUACUCAAGAUUGAGAUUUACGGGCCCGAUGUGAGUCUUCCUGCGAUAAACAUAUCCCGUUUCGAAUUGCUGACAGACGCGGCAGCAGGAUCACCUCACCGUCAUCGACGUCCCUGGAAUCUUUCGCGUACCCACCACGUAGGCCUGACGACGGAGAUGGACAUCAAGCUGGUCGAGAACAUGGUCAACGUUUUGGCCGUCAUGCCUUGCAAUGUGGACAUUGCCACCCAAGAGAUCCUCAAGCUUGCUGAAGCUGCCGACCCCGAGGGUACCCGAACGAUGGGAGUUCUUACCAAACCUGAUCUCGCCCUGGAAAAGGCUACUCGAGGCGCGGUCCUGGACCUUGUUCGCGGCAAACGAAGCAACCUGAAGCUCGGUUAUUACGUGGUCAAAAACCGCAGCGCCGAUGAUGCCACAUCAACCUUGGCGCAGAGGACGCAAGCCGAGAAAGUCUUCUUCAGCAGCCCUGAAUGGAGCGGCGUUGUUGAGCGCUGCGGUGUGUCUACUCUCAAGGAACGCCUUCGGCAUCUCCUCAUGAAGAUCUCGAAGGAAGAGUUCCCCAACGUCAAGGCGGAUAUUGACCACCGCCUGCGUUGCGCCGAGACGGCCUUGGAAGACAUGGGCCCUGCGCGAGCUGACCACGGAGCCCAAAGACUCUAUCUCGGCAGGAUUGCGACGCGCUUCUAG